AUGUCAACUCAGCGAAACAAGUGGAAGACGGAGUUGGUGGGCAAAAAGUGGAUGGUGGGUGCGAGAGAUAGGUCAGCGCCUCCAGAAGGCGGUGGUGCGGAGAUUGAUCAUCGAACGCCCCAGAGUCGGCCGCGCAAAGCAAGUGCACCGAUCACAGUAGUUCCAAAAGACACAGAGACGUUUCCUCCUCGCGAAAAUGACCAGAUGAAAGUCUAG